GGGGCGCGGCGCCGGGAGCGGGGCCCGGGCCCGCCGGGAGACACUCCAUGCUACCCCGCCAUGUGCAGAGGCUGGGCAGAGACUGGAUCACCCACUGGAAUGGCUCCCAGAUACUGGCCUUGAACAGCCCAGUGCCCAGCUGUGUGAGAUGGGCCGGACACUGUCCUCCCUGGGCCUCCUUUCCACUCCCUCUUCCAGCUGAUUUUUCAGCAAACUGGAGAUUCCAUCCAUUUUUUGGGCCUUGGAGGCAAUUUCAGACCUCUAAUUGGCAUCUUGAUAACUACACACAAAGUUGUUGCUUUCACCUACCCAACCCCACUAUGAAAUCUGAGGGAGAAGAACCAUUGACAAAGAAGAGAAGACUCAGUGGCCAGGAUGAUACUUCAGCUCCUGAACAAGAAACAAACUUGUCUAAUCAGAAAGAAGUAUCUUGUCUUUCUGUAGAACAGAAUGAAGAAAAACAUGGCAGCAGGAAAGGAACCAUCAAAAGACACUGGGAAUAUUUCUGUCAGCAGAGUAAAACAAUGAAAAUCGCUAAAAAUAAAGGAUCUGACCAAAGCAGUACAGGAAGUGAGGCAGCAUUUGAUUUUACAGUCAUGUCCUACAAUAUUCUCUCACAGAAUUUGUUGGAAGACAACUCUCACCUGUACAAACACUGCAGGCAGCGAUUAUUAUUCUGGACAUACAGAUUUCCCAACAUCCUGCAAGAAAUCAAAGAGCUGGAUGCAGAUGUGCUGUGCUUACAAGAAGUCCAAGAAGACCACUACAGAGCAGAGAUCAAGUCAAGUUUGGAAUCCCUGGGGUAUCACUGUGAGUAUAAAAUGAGGACAGGCAGAAAACCUGAUGGCUGUGCCAUUUGCUUCAAAACUUCCAAAUUCAGCCUGAUUUCCUCAAACCCCGUGGAGUUUUUUCGCCGUGAUAUCCCACUCUUGGACAGGGACAACGUUGGACUGGUGUUGCUGCUGCAGCCCAGAUUUCACUGUAAAGCCAAUGCUGCCAUCUGUAUUGCCAAUACACACCUGCUGUACAACCCAAGGAGAGGGGACAUCAAACUGACCCAGCUUGCAAUGCUCCUGGCAGAGAUUGCCAGUGUUGCCCCUCAGAAGGAUGGCUCCUUCUGCCCCAUUAUCAUCUGUGGGGACUUCAAUUCUGUUCCUGGCUCUCCACUGUACAGAUUUAUAAAGGAAGGAAAGUUAAAUUAUGAAGGACUUGCUAUAGGGAAGGUCUCUGGACAAGAACAGUUUCCAAGGGGACAAAGAAUCUUAUCUAUUCCAAUUUGGCCAAAAAAAUUAGGUAUUUCACAAAACUGUGUAUAUGAAAUUAAACAGCAACAAAAGGAAGAAAAUGCAGGAGAAAAAUUGGAAGCAGCAAAACAGGACAACACUCAGGAGAUUGUAAUAGCAUCUGAAAAGUUGUCUUCGAAAUUGAGGCACCAUUUUAAAUUGUCUUCAGUCUAUUCUCAUUACUUCCCUGACACUGGGAUACCAGAAGUGACAACUUGUCAUUCCCGAAGCGCUGUCACCGUGGAUUAUAUUUUCUAUUCUGCAGCAAAUGAUGAUACUGCUGCCCAGCCAGGAGCAGAGGAUUCUUUUUGUGGAGGUCUGAAACUUCUUGGCAGGCUGGCACUUGUAACAGAGAAAGAUCUUUGGACUGUUAAUGGUCUUCCCAAUGAAAAGAACUCUUCUGACCACCUGCCACUGCUAGCAGAGUUCAGGCUCAUUGAACGGUAAUAUCCAAAGGACUUUGGGUGGAGGGAGUGCAGGUAAAGUGCAGCAGCAGGAAGCCCUCCGGAGCCCGCGGUGCGGCUGGGUCAGAUGCGCAGCUGGUAGCCCACCUCGUUGAGUGUAGCCAGGUCUGCUUUCUUGUCCAGCACCGCCGGCCUGCGCACAGGGGAGGCAAGAGGUGUGGACAGCACAGCAGUCACACAGGGAAAAGCUUGCCUCAGAGGAGGGCUGCAUAGAACUAAUGGCAUUUAAACAUGAUCCUGGUAAGUCUGCUACAGGAGCUACUAGAUAGAGCUAUCUGCGUGUUGCCUCUGAAGCACCAGUGAACGACCAGCUGUGCCAUGCUGGGAUCCAGGAUGUGAGACCAAAGCACCCCCUCCUCCUGACUUGAGAGAGGGCCUAAAUGAGUAGCUAAGACUAGACACACCCCACCUGUCAUCUACCCCGGAGCAGGACUCCAGCUUUUAGAAUAAAGCUGAAACAGCUGAGAGCAAACAGGCAGGGCCUCUCACAUGGCCACUGCGUGCUGGCUUUCCCAGCCUGGCUCUCUGUGAAGGGCUGGAGCCUACCAAACAGAAAACAUGGUGGACGCCCUUCAGUCUCCUGGCAUCCAACAUUCUGAUACCAUUCACCUGAGUCAUCACACAUGGAUGCUGUUAGGCCAUUUAAGUAUUCCAACAGCCUGAACCAAAGGAAACCUUGAGCUAUCAGUCUCUCUUCUUAGCAAGCAAGGGAAAUGUGUCAACAGAGUUGUCAAACCAAAACCAUCCAGCUGAUUUAUAGUCUGUGGAAGCUCUAAUCUGAGGGCUUAUUGCAGGCUCUUGGCUGUUUUCACACUAAGCCGUCUGUUUGCUUUUCUAAAGACAGGCAUUGUUUAAAGCACACAUUUCUCUAGUGCUCCAUAGCACGUCUGCUUCCCUGCAGAAACACAGCUAAAGCCCCAGUGGUACCAUGGGAUGCUGAUCAUGGCUCCAGUGCUUCCAGCUCCUCAGCUCUGGUUUCCAGCUCUGUGUGCUUGCUCUUUGCUCACUGUGCAGCAGAUGUGACCCCUGAGUUUGCUCAGCCAGGCUGGCACUUAUCUCCCCGCUGCAGGCUGCCAGCCCAUUCCUGCUGGAGCGGCUCAGGGCAGGCAGCAGGGCCACAGGCAGGCUGGAAACCAGGCAAAGCCCAGCCCUGCCUGUGGCACACUGCUGGGGCACACACCAGGGAAGGGCUGUACUGCUGCAGCCCCGGGAACUGGGGGUGUAUAGCUCACAUAUGCAACAGAGCCCCUGAAAUAUUUUUUAAUUCUUUGAUUCAGUAUGGAUUUUUUUUUUCUUUUUAAGAGGAGAAUUGCUAACACCAGAUCUCUGCUGAGAAUCUGCACAGCAUUUGAGAGCUGGGAACAUUGCUAUGGACAGCUAAUCUCUUCUGCCUAGUGGCACACUGAAUGAAACCUGUUGCUUUGCCACUUACCUAAGCACCUCUCAUAAUAACCCCACCAUCCUCACUGCACUACUGCCCUGCACCAUGCCUGUGUUUGUCUCAGUUUAACUACUUCACAGAAGUGAAGGAGUCUUCACUAGUCUCUCUCACAUGCAGGAAGGGAUCACACUUAAAGAAAUCAUUGUAGGAUAGUUUGCAUUUUUCCACACUAUUCCUUCAGAGCAGAUGGGAUUUGACUAACCAGUAAACAAGCUAAAAGCUGCAUCCCUCAGAGCUUGCGUAGGAGUCAGAGACCAGCAAGAGAUACACUGUAUGAAAUUUCUAGUGUCCUUCCUCCCUCUCUCCAAUUUCGGGAUCCUCUUCACACCUUUUUCUCCCUCCUUUUAAUUAAGGUCACAAUAGGGUAUUAAUUAAAGCAUGUAGUACCCUCUCUGAUUAUGCAAGAGACAUGGGGAGUCACUGUACACCCAUGGUGACGAGCCCAUUUCCACAACUGUCUGUAGCUUUUACAGACAGAUCCCAUUCUCCUUGGCUGGCAAAUGACCUCAUGCCAAAUGUGCCCUCUGAGGCAAGGAGCCUCUGCUUUACUGGCCCAUCAGAUCACACCUCCUGUCCGAAGCACCCUGACCCUGAGCAGGUGAGCAAGCUGUGCUCACAUGAUACAGCACACAGUAUUCAUGAGCUGUCUGCACUGGAGCUGCCUGAUUUUAAUAUCAUCCUGCCC